AUGCCUUCCACCCAGGCUCCCGCUCCCCAGACCAACUUCAACGGCUACUGCGUUGUCAUGGUCCUCUCCGUCCUCUUCGACAACACACAUCCCCCUCUCUCAGUCGACAACAUGGUCAUCGUCACCGCGAUGAUCCUCCAGGAAGGUCCUCCCGCCUCCCUCAGGACCUCCCUGCCAACCCUGAGGGUCGACCCCGUCGGCGAUGCCUCGUCACGCUCGUAA